AUGAGGGUAACGAAGGCCCGGUUUAAUGCUGGACUUCUGUUCGUGACUGCUUGCGCGUUGGCUGCCCAAGACGAUCCCCGAGUUGCCCCGCCCGCCGUUACAGUGAAUGUCGACCGUGGCUCUCAGGAUAAACCGGACAACGAGCAGAUCUUGAUCGCGGAGGUAGUUGACGACGGCAGCAAGAACGGCACUCUGACCGCCACGUACAAGAGCGAUUUCCCCGGGACCUACUGGGUGUACAUCGAUGAAGUCGAGCUUUCCCGAAAGGAUGCCAACAACGAUAUCGCGGAUACAUUUUGGAGGCCCGGUACAUGGCUUUCCUCGAACGUGGCCAGUGCGGCACAUGGAGUUUUGAGAAACGGGUGGGUGUUUCAACCCAUAUCGUGUGUUCUCGACACAUUUUCUUAUGAGGAUCUCAUGCUCCUGGCCAGCCUGGACAAGGAGCCGACGUGGCUUCUGGUGUUGGGUGGAUCGGUCCAAAGAGGCGUGUUUCUGACCCUGAUAGACAUGGUCUUAGCGGCAGGACAAAAGAACGAUAUCAUCUCAAGCGUACUUCGGAAAUGCUGGGGGUACGCCGACGUCCAGGUUGGAAACCUUCGCCUAACGUAUCAGGGGUGUUACUGGACGGAAGAGAACCCUACCAUGACCGCUCUGAAAGGCGUCGGGAUUCGGUUCGGCGGCAGGUGGCCAAACGACGACAAUGGACUCGGUAAAAUGGACGGUUACCAAACCCGAGAUUCUCGCGUAUCGUUCAUGAGCGUGUUUCCUAUGUACCAGGCGAAACUCUUCGAAAACCAAAAAUCGAGAAACGGACUUCGUCGUUUCGCCGCCAGCCAACACUUUCACUUCGUCUCCACAGACGCGUCCGCCCCCGAAACGCGCAACGGGACAAUCAUGGUGCACUCCACGAUAACAGAGAUGCUGGCUAACGUCAUGGUCGGCCGGGCCGUGGAAACAAAGGCGAAGCUUUACGCAAAGGCCGCCGCAUCAACGGACGAGAUACGAAAAAUUAGCGCCGAGGUCGGGAAGUCGUUCCAGGUGUGCUCGGAUUGCCCUGGUUCUCUUCUGCCAUUCCACGUCAAAGGUAUCCCUGAGCCUGUCUGCGACAUCGUCGAGUCCCUGCCAGGACAGGCGAAGACGGGCGAGGUGUGGAGUGGAGACCUGUGCCCUGAUUGGUGCAUGAAGCAGGCGCCGGUGUCUCAGACAAAGACCGAAUCAGAUGUCGUGAAGGUCCGAGAGUGUGGUGGCAAUACUGACCAGCCAUGA